UACCCAUAAUGCCAAGCGAGCUUCCGGUGAAAAAUUAGACAGUCCAAAGAUGGCGGACCUCCUGGGCUCGAUCUUGAGCUCGAUGGAAAAGCCUCCAACCGUUCACGACCAAGAAAGCCGACGGAAAGCUAGAGAACAAGCAGCCAGACUGAAGAAGAUCGAGGAGGAUGAGAAGAGAAAGAAAGCAGAGUUUAGGAAAAAGAUGGAGAAGACGGUGUCAGACUUCAUUCAGGACAGCAAUCUGCAGAAGAGGAGAUAUGAGCCCAUGGGCAAGAUCGAGAGAAGCAUCUUGCAUGAUGUGGCCGAGGUGGCUGGACUCGCGUCCUUUUCCUUCGGUGAAGAUGAAGAGAGCAGAUACGUCAUGCUGUUUAAAAAGGAGUUUGCACCCUCGGAUGAGGAACUGGAGGCUUAUCGGAAAGGUGAGGAGUGGGACCCGCGGAAAGCUGAGGAGAGACGACGGCGAAAGGAACGGGCUGCACUGGAGAUGGAAGAGGCCAGUCGCUCUCAGAAGAGGCCUGCGUCGCCUAAUUCAAACUACAGAGACAAAUACAGCCAUCUGAUUGGAACAUCUGCUGCUAAAGACGCCGCCCACACGCUUCAAGCCAACCAAUCGUAUGGCUGCGUCCCUGUGGCCAAUAAGAGAGACACUCGCUCCAUCGAGGAAGCCAUGAACGAGAUCAGAGCCAAGAAACGGCAGAAGAAAGGCGCUGGCAGCGGCAGCAGUGUGUGAAAGCAGUUGUUAUGAUUGAAUCCUAUAACAAGGUUUUACAUGAACAGCAGGGUUUAUGAAGGCAGUGCAGAACUGCUGCAGUAUGUUCAUGUGUUUUUAGAAUAAACCGAAACAUGUGGUGUUUAAUGUUGCAAAGUCCUUUGUAUUUUGGCAUGAUGAUCUUCUAACAGCUCUUUUUAAAGUUAAGCCACGAUUAGUUUUCGUUUGCAUUUCCAUAUUUCAUAUUUAUUGCCUUGACAUAACUGGUAUGCAUGACUCCAUGUUCAUUUUACGUCAUGAAACCGUAUGUCCUUAAACUAGUAGUUGUUUCUUGUUACCGUUUAUUUGCUCUGUUUUAAAUACAUUUGGUUGAGGACAAUUUUUCUGUGCUGCUUGUCCUUUUAUGUACAGGUGUUGUAUUGUGUGCAGUUUGUUUUUGAGUUCUAAUAAGCAUUAUGUAUAUCAUCUUACCUACAUAUUUUGUCCAUUUACACUGGCUAGUCUUCAUUCUGGGUCGUGAAGCAUUGUGUUUGUGCAUUGAAGCAUUGUUUAUAUGGACUAGAUGAAUCAAACAUGAUGUUAGAUGGUGUUUUAGCCUAUUAUAGUGACAGAAACAUCAACAAUUGUUUUGAAAUAAAGAUUCAGAAUCAGUUGUGCUGAAAGCAAACCAUAUUUACAGUCUCUUUAGUGAUUGAUGCAGUUCUUUACCCUCAUUUGACUUGUUUCACAGGACUUUUGGAAGACAAAUU